GUCUGUCAGUUGUUGAAUACUGAGACAGACUGUUAUUAACAGUAUUUUUUAUAUACAAUAGGAAGAUGGGAUUUCAGGUAUCUUAUUUACUCAUCCUAGCAUGUGUCCUCAGAGGAGGUUCUGCAGUUAAAAUUAUGAAUGAAGAAACUAUCUGUGCCUCAGCUGGUAGUAAUGUGACUCUAAAAUGCAGCAUCUUGCAAGAAAAGGAAACAUAUGUAACACAGAUUCAGUGGUCUAAAUUUACUGAUGGACUAUCAAGAAUAAUAGCUGUAUAUAACCCUAGUUACGGCACAAAAUACUCUGAAGUAGCUUACAAUAAUUCAGCAACUUUUGAGAAAGGUUUCCAUGAUUGUUGGACCGACUUCAGCAGGGCUUCCAAAGAAGUUAAAUCAAUAGCAAACAACCUAGAAUGCAAUCAGUGGAUUCUACAACUGAAGAAUGUUACACUUGAACUCUCUGGCUCCUACGAAUGUACCUUUACCACAUUUCCAGUCGGAACAAGCAGCUCAAAAAUACAUCUUGUUGUUAAGAAAAGAGAUGACAAGAAUUCUGUGUUACAAGCAUUACUAAACCAGACCCUGGAAAUUCCAUGCUUGAACAGUACGUCUCAUCAUAUAAACCUGGCGAAUGCUUCUGUAACAUGGUUACUGCAGAAAGAAAAUGGAAGUGAAGGGAUCCUAAUCAGGAAUCAGCCCUAUUACCUUCAAGACUAUAAAGACUAUCUCUCUGUGUACAAGGACAGAAUCCAAAUGAGUUCAAAAGAUGCAUUAUUGAUUUCACCAGUGACAGUUAUUGAUGAUGGCAAGACGUUUGUCUGUUCAAUUGCCAAUCUCCCUGGAAGAAUUCAGGAAGUUGCCACUCAAGUGAAAGUAUUUGCAAAACCAGAAAUCUGCAUUGUGCUCCACACAGAUUCCAUAGGAAAGGCAAAUUUUACAUGUGUGAUAAAGAAGGCAUAUCCAAAGCCACAACUUAUAUGGUACAUGGGUGAAGAGAUUCUGAAUGAAAAAUCUGAAGGGUUCUUAAUUGAAAAUAAAGGUAUAAAACGUAUAGGAAGUUUAUAUGAGAGGAGAUCAUUCUUGUCAAUAUGGAAUACAACUCAUUCAUCCAUUAAUCAGGCCUUCAGAUGCAUGUCUGUGUACCAUUUCACUAGAAAUGAAAGAUGGAAUAUUUCAUCUAAAGAAAUAAUUAUUCCUCAUGAAUUUCAGACUACAUCAUUGGCAUAUUCAGAAUUCAUUAAUCACAUUACUGCAAUUUCAGAUUCCCCCACAGAAAAACCCUUGCAUUCUACUAAAACCCUGCAAAGUAAUACUACUAAGUUAUUCAGUGACUCCACAGUACCACAAAAAUCCUUGCAUUCUGCCAGAACCCUGCAAAGUGGUACUACUACUAAGUUCUUCCGUGACUCCACAGUACCACAAAAACCCUUGCAUUUUACUAAAACUCUGCAAAGUAAUACUACUAAGUUCUUCCGUGACUCUACAAUACCACAAAAAUCCUUGCAUUCUCCCAGAACCCUGCAAAGUGGUACUACUACUAAGUUCAUCCGUGACUCCACAGCACCACAAAAACCAUCGUAUUCUACUAAAACUCUGCAAAGUGACACCAUUACUAAGUUCCUCGGUGACUCCACAGUACCACAAGGAAACCUGUCCACCAGAAGAGUGACUGAACUAACCACACUGAGUAGCCCUAUUAAUUCAUAUACUGUAAAGAACGGCCUUUAUACCAGUUCUACAACUGUUCCAAAACAUAUUACAUUUCCCUGGUCAGGAAUUGUAGCAUUUCUGCUUCUCUCCUGCACCCUCUUAAUCAUUUUUGGGAUCAGAAAAUGGUGUCAGCACCAAAGAGAAAUUAUGAAUAGACCUCCAUCUUUCAAGCCACCUCCUCCACCAGUUAAGUAUACCUCCAUCCAAGUCUAUAAUGAGAGUUACUCAUCCUGUGAUAAAUUAGAAAAUCUGUAGUUGGCCUGAAAAUCUAUAAUGAUCUAACAUAAAAAUGGCAUGCUUACUGUACGGCUUUUACAAUAAAUGGCAAGCAUUCACUGGCAGUGACGCACAUUCCCAUUUGGACUGCUUACUCUUGGAUUGUGCUGAAGUAUAUGGCAUUUAGCACAUUUACUAACACAGAUUACCUUUUGUAAUUGGUACAUCAUGAAAUCAAACAUAUGGCGAGUGACAGGUAUUGAGCCUCACCUGGGGAACAAUGAAUGUACAUCCAAUAUACAAAUGUAAUAUGUUUGUUUGAUUGAUUGUUCAAAAGACUACGAAGGCAUGAUUAAUGUGUAUGAUAUUCACUAAUAAUCUCAAUUAUAUGUUUCUUUCCAUUUUAUACCCAUAUUUUUGCUAGACUGGAGAUGCUCCCAAGGGCCACCUGUAUUUCAGACAGUAGUCUAAAAAUGAGAAAUCCACAUGACUGUGCAUGAAUGGGAAGAAUCAAUAAUAAAUUAGGCACAAAUUUGUUUUGUGGAGUUCAAAGGACUUCAUUAGGGAAUUUAUUUCCACUAGUUGUAUGUACAAAUAUACUGAUUUACAUUAAGCUCAAAAUGAAAGAUACGAUUAAAACUCCAAUAGAAUAUAUGUAGCUCAGGGUUGAACUGUGGAACCCUUGGUGCUC